AUCACCAUCAGUUAACAUGACCUCACCUGCAGUCAUCAUGACCUCACCAACAGGUAAUACAACAUUACCACCCAUCAAUGCAACCUCACGACCCAUAAAUGCAACAUCACCACCCAUUGAUGCAACAUUAGCAUUAGUCAAUGCAACAGCACCACCGGUCACCAUGACCUCAUUCCAAACAAUUUCCACUAUGUCACCACCUGUAAUACAAAUCCUACUCUCAAAAAAAAAUCUAAUAGUUUUUAAUUUAAAUGACUGCCACAAAAAAGUUGCUAUGAUCUGUGUCAUUAUAAGAACUGUGGCACCAAGUGCAAUUUGUUCAUUGUGCUUAAUUUUUCUGAAUACUUUUUUGUAGGUAAUAUGAGCUCUCCACCUGUAAAUGGAACCUCCAGACCAUCAAGAGUCACCACUAUUGAAGCCCCAGCUACAACAGUUGCAACACCACCAGAGCCCAGAAUUAAGUUGGGAUUUAGGUUGCAGAAACCAUUUACAGCAGAACUUAGUAACCAGUCCUCACCACAGUUCCAGGCAUUGAAAGGCCAAGUUGCAUCAGCGCUCAACACUGUCUAUUCGGAAAAAUUUGGAGCUGCGUUCAAUCGAACUGAAAUCAGAGGCUUCAGACAGGGAUCCGUUGUGGUAGAGGCUGAGCUGAUAUUCAACAAAGUGACUACACUACCAAAUGCCAGUUCUGUAACUGAAACGUUGAGGACUGCUGCUUCCAGCUCUAACUUUUCACUCACUGUCAACACAUCAUCUAUUUCGGCAGCCGUUGUUUUGGCACCAACUCAACCCUCGCCAGUCAACGCCACCUCACCACCAGUAAACAUGACCUCACCACCAGUCAACAUGACCACGCCAUCAGGUAAUAUGAGCUCUCCACCUGUAAAUGGAACCUCCAGACCAUCAAGAGUCACCACUAUUGAAGCCCCAGCUACAACAGUUGCAACACCACCAGAGCCCAGAAUUAAGUUGGGAUUUAGGUUGCAGAAACCAUUUACAGCAGAACUUAGUAACCAGUCCUCACCACAGUUCCAAGCAUUGAAAGGCCAAGUUGCAUCAGCGCUCAACACUGUCUAUUCGGAAAAAUUUGGAGCUGCGUUCAAUCGAACUGAAAUCAGAGGCUUCAGACAGGGAUCCGUUGUGGUAGAGGCUGAGCUGAUAUUCAACAAAGUGACUACACUACCAAAUGCCAGUUCUGUAACUGAAACGUUGAGGACUGCUGCUUCCAGCUCUAACUUUUCACUCACUGUCAACACAUCAUCUAUUUCGGCAGCCGUUGUUUUGGCACCAACUCAACCCCCGCCAGUCAACGCAACAUCCCCACCAGUCGACAUGACCUCACCACUACUCAAUGUGACCUCACCACCUGUCAACAUGACCUCAGCACCAGUCAUUGCAACAUCACCACGCAUCAAUGCAACGGCAACUCCAGUCAACGCCACCUCACCACCAGUCAACAUGACCACACCAUCAGGUAAUAUGAGCUCUCCACCUGUAAAUGGAACCUCCAGACCAUCAAGAGUCACCACUAUUGAAGCCCCAGCUACAACAGUUGCAACACCACCAGAGCCCAGAAUUAAGUUGGGAUUUAGGUUGCAGAAACCAUUUACAGCAGAACUUAGUAACCAGUCCUCACCACAGUUCCAAGCAUUGAAAGGCCAAGUUGCAUCAGCGCUCAACACUGUCUAUUCGGAAAAAUUUGGAGCUGCGUUCAAUCGAACUGAAAUCAGAGGCUUCAGACAGGGAUCCGUUGUGGUAGAGGCUGAGCUGAUAUUCAACAAAGUGACUACACUACCAAAUGCCAGUUCUGUAACUGAAACGUUGAGGACUGCUGCUUCCAGCUCUAACUUUUCACUCACUGUCAACACAUCAUCUAUUUCGGCAGCCGUUGUUUUGGCACCAACUCAACCCCCGCCAGUCAACGCAACAUCCCCACCAGUCGACAUGACCUCACCACUACUCAAUGUGACCUCACCACCUGUCAACAUGACCUCAGCACCAGUCAUUGCAACAUCACCACGCAUCAAUGCAACGGCAACUCCAGUCAACGCCACCUCACCACCAGUCAACAUGACCACACCAUCAGGUAAUAUGAGCUCUCCACCUGUAAAUGGAACCUCCAGACCAUCAAGAGUCACCACUAUUGAAGCCCCAGCUACAACAGUUGCAACACCACCAGAGCCCAGAAUUAAGUUGGGAUUUAGGUUGCAGAAACCAUUUACAGCAGAACUUAGUAACCAGUCCUCACCACAGUUCCAAGCAUUGAAAGGCCAAGUUGCAUCAGCGCUCAACACUGUCUAUUCGGAAAAAUUUGGAGCUGCGUUCAAUCGAACUGAAAUCAGAGGCUUCAGACAGGGAUCCGUUGUGGUAGAGGCUGAGCUGAUAUUCAACAAAGUGACUACACUACCAAAUGCCAGUUCUGUAACUGAAACGUUGAGGACUGCUGCUUCCAGCUCUAACUUUUCACUCACUGUCAACACAUCAUCUAUUUCGGCAGCCGUUGUUUUGGCACCAACUCAACCCCCGCCAGUCAACGCAACAUCCCCACCAGUCGACAUGACCUCACCACUACUCAAUGUGACCUCACCACCUGUCAACAUGACCUCAGCACCAGUCAUUGCAACAUCACCACGCAUCAAUGCAACGGCAACUCCAGUCAACGCCACCUCACCACCAGUCAACAUGACCACACCAUCAGGUAAUAUGAGCUCUCCACCUGUAAAUGGAACCUCCAGACCAUCAAGAGUCACCACUAUUGAAGCCCCAGCUACAACAGUUGCAACACCACCAGAGCCCAGAAUUAAGUUGGGAUUUAGGUUGCAGAAACCAUUUACAGCAGAACUUAGUAACCAGUCCUCACCACAGUUCCAAGCAUUGAAAGGCCAAGUUGCAUCAGCGCUCAACACUGUCUAUUCGGAAAAAUUUGGAGCUGCGUUCAAUCGAACUGAAAUCAGAGGCUUCAGACAGGGAUCCGUUGUGGUAGAGGCUGAGCUGAUAUUCAACAAAGUGACUACACUACCAAAUGCCAGUUCUGUAACUGAAACGUUGAGGACUGCUGCUUCCAGCUCUAACUUUUCACUCACUGUCAACACAUCAUCUAUUUCGGCAGCCGUUGUUUUGGCACCAACUCAACCCCCGCCAGUCAACGCAACAUCCCCACCAGUCGACAUGACCUCACCACUACUCAAUGUGACCUCACCACCUGUCAACAUGACCUCAGCACCAGUCAUUGCAACAUCACCACGCAUCAAUGCAACGGCAACUCCAGUCAACGCCACCUCACCACCAGUCAACAUGACCACACCAUCAGGUAAUAUGAGCUCUCCACCUGUAAAUGGAACCUCCAGACCAUCAAGAGUCACCACUAUUGAAGCCCCAGCUACAACAGUUGCAACACCACCAGAGCCCAGAAUUAAGUUGGGAUUUAGGUUGCAGAAACCAUUUACAGCAGAACUUAGUAACCAGUCCUCACCACAGUUCCAAGCAUUGAAAGGCCAAGUUGCAUCAGCGCUCAACACUGUCUAUUCGGAAAAAUUUGGAGCUGCGUUCAAUCGAACUGAAAUCAGAGGCUUCAGACAGGGAUCCGUUGUGGUAGAGGCUGAGCUGAUAUUCAACAAAGUGACUACACUACCAAAUGCCAGUUCUGUAACUGAAACGUUGAGGACUGCUGCUUCCAGCUCUAACUUUUCACUCACUGUCAACACAUCAUCUAUUUCGGCAGCCGUUGUUUUGGCACCAACUCAACCCCCGCCAGUCAACGCAACAUCCCCACCAGUCGACAUGACCUCACCACUACUCAAUGUGACCUCACCACCUGUCAACAUGACCUCAGCACCAGUCAUUGCAACAUCACCACGCAUCAAUGCAACGGCAACUCCAGUCAACGCCACCUCACCACCAGUCAACAUGACCACACCAUCAGGUAAUAUGAGCUCUCCACCUGUAAAUGGAACCUCCAGACCAUCAAGAGUCACCACUAUUGAAGCCCCAGCUACAACAGUUGCAACACCACCAGAGCCCAGAAUUAAGUUGGGAUUUAGGUUGCAGAAACCAUUUACAGCAGAACUUAGUAACCAGUCCUCACCACAGUUCCAAGCAUUGAAAGGCCAAGUUGCAUCAGCGCUCAACACUGUCUAUUCGGAAAAAUUUGGAGCUGCGUUCAAUCGAACUGAAAUCAGAGGCUUCAGACAGGGAUCCGUUGUGGUAGAGGCUGAGCUGAUAUUCAACAAAGUGACUACACUACCAAAUGCCAGUUCUGUAACUGAAACGUUGAGGACUGCUGCUUCCAGCUCUAACUUUUCACUCACUGUCAACACAUCAUCUAUUUCGGCAGCCGUUGUUUUGGCACCAACUCAACCCCCGCCAGUCAACGCAACAUCCCCACCAGUCGACAUGACCUCACCACUACUCAAUGUGACCUCACCACCUGUCAACAUGACCUCAGCACCAGUCAUUGCAACAUCACCACGCAUCAAUGCAACGGCAACUCCAGUCAACGCCACCUCACCACCAGUCAACAUGACCACACCAUCAGGUAAUAUGAGCUCUCCACCUGUAAAUGGAACCUCCAGACCAUCAAGAGUCACCACUAUUGAAGCCCCAGCUACAACAGUUGCAACACCACCAGAGCCCAGAAUUAAGUUGGGAUUUAGGUUGCAGAAACCAUUUACAGCAGAACUUAGUAACCAGUCCUCACCACAGUUCCAAGCAUUGAAAGGCCAAGUUGCAUCAGCGCUCAACACUGUCUAUUCGGAAAAAUUUGGAGCUGCGUUCAAUCGAACUGAAAUCAGAGGCUUCAGACAGGGAUCCGUUGUGGUAGAGGCUGAGCUGAUAUUCAACAAAGUGACUACACUACCAAAUGCCAGUUCUGUAACUGAAACGUUGAGGACUGCUGCUUCCAGCUCUAACUUUUCACUCACUGUCAACACAUCAUCUAUUUCGGCAGCCGUUGUUUUGGCACCAACUCAACCCCCGCCAGUCAACGCAACAUCCCCACCAGUCGACAUGACCUCACCACUACUCAAUGUGACCUCACCACCUGUCAACAUGACCUCAGCACCAGUCAUUGCAACAUCACCACGCAUCAAUGCAACGGCAACUCCAGUCAACGCCACCUCACCACCAGUCAACAUGACCACACCAUCAGGUAAUAUGAGCUCUCCACCUGUAAAUGGAACCUCCAGACCAUCAAGAGUCACCACUAUUGAAGCCCCAGCUACAACAGUUGCAACACCACCAGAGCCCAGAAUUAAGUUGGGAUUUAGGUUGCAGAAACCAUUUACAGCAGAACUUAGUAACCAGUCCUCACCACAGUUCCAAGCAUUGAAAGGCCAAGUUGCAUCAGCGCUCAACACUGUCUAUUCGGAAAAAUUUGGAGCUGCGUUCAAUCGAACUGAAAUCAGAGGCUUCAGACAGGGAUCCGUUGUGGUAGAGGCUGAGCUGAUAUUCAACAAAGUGACUACACUACCAAAUGCCAGUUCUGUAACUGAAACGUUGAGGACUGCUGCUUCCAGCUCUAACUUUUCACUCACUGUCAACACAUCAUCUAUUUCGGCAGCCGUUGUUUUGGCACCAACUCAACCCCCGCCAGUCAACGCAACAUCCCCACCAGUCGACAUGACCUCACCACUACUCAAUGUGACCUCACCACCUGUCAACAUGACCUCAGCACCAGUCAUUGCAACAUCACCACGCAUCAAUGCAACGGCAACUCCAGUCAACGCCACCUCACCACCAGUCAACAUGACCACACCAUCAGGUAAUAUGAGCUCUCCACCUGUAAAUGGAACCUCCAGACCAUCAAGAGUCACCACUAUUGAAGCCCCAGCUACAACAGUUGCAACACCACCAGAGCCCAGAAUUAAGUUGGGAUUUAGGUUGCAGAAACCAUUUACAGCAGAACUUAGUAACCAGUCCUCACCACAGUUCCAAGCAUUGAAAGGCCAAGUUGCAUCAGCGCUCAACACUGUCUAUUCGGAAAAAUUUGGAGCUGCGUUCAAUCGAACUGAAAUCAGAGGCUUCAGACAGGGAUCCGUUGUGGUAGAGGCUGAGCUGAUAUUCAACAAAGUGACUACACUACCAAAUGCCAGUUCUGUAACUGAAACGUUGAGGACUGCUGCUUCCAGCUCUAACUUUUCACUCACUGUCAACACAUCAUCUAUUUCGGCAGCCGUUGUUUUGGCACCAACUCAACCCCCGCCAGUCAACGCAACAUCCCCACCAGUCGACAUGACCUCACCACUACUCAAUGUGACCUCACCACCUGUCAACAUGACCUCAGCACCAGUCAUUGCAACAUCACCACGCAUCAAUGCAACGGCAACUCCAGUCAACGCCACCUCACCACCAGUCAACAUGACCACACCAUCAGGUAAUACGAGCUCCCCACCUGUAAAUGGAACCUCCAGACCACCAAGAGUCACCACUAUUGAAGCCCCAGCUACAACAGUUGCAACACCACCAGAGCCCAGAAUUAAGUUGGGAUUUAGGUUGCAGCAACCAUUUACAGCAGAACUUAGUAACCAGUCCUCACCACAGUUCCAGGCAUUGAAAGGCCAAGUUGCAUCAGCGCUCAACACUGUCUAUUCGGAAAAAUUUGGAGCUGCGUUCAAUCGAACUGAAAUCAGAGGCUUCAGACAGGGAUCCGUUGUGGUAGAGGCUGAGCUGAUAUUCAACGAAGUGACUACACUACCAAAUGCCAGUUCUGUAACUGAAACGUUGAGGACUGCUGCUUCCAGCUCGAACUUUUCACUCACUGUCAACACAUCAUCUAUUUCGGCAGCCGUUGUUUUGGCACCAACUCAACCCCCGCCAGUCAACGCAACAUCCCCACCAGUCGACAUGACCUCACCACUACUCAAUGUGACCUCACCACUACUCAAUGUGACCUCACCACCUGUCAACAUGACCUCAGCACCAGUCAUUGCAACAUCACCACGCAUCAAUGCAACGGCAACUCCAGUCAACGCCACCUCACCACCAGUCAACAUGACCACACCAUCAGGUAAUACGAGCUCCCCACCUGUAAAUGGAACCUCCAGACCACCAAGAGUCACCACUAUUGAAGCCCCAGCUACAACAGUUGCAACACCACCAGAGCCCAGAAUUAAGUUGGGAUUUAGGUUGCAGCAACCAUUUACAGCAGAACUUAGUAACCAGUCCUCACCACAGUUCCAGGCAUUGAAAGGCCAAGUUGCAUCAGCGCUCAACACUGUCUAUUCGGAAAAAUUUGGAGCUGCGUUCAAUCGAACUGAAAUCAGAGGCUUCAGACAGGGAUCCGUUGUGGUAGAGGCUGAGCUGAUAUUCAACAAUGUGACUACACUACCAAAUGCCAGUUCUGUAACUGAAACGUUGAGGACUGCUGCUUCCAGCUCGAACUUUUCACUCACUGUCAACACAUCAUCUAUUUCGGCAGCCGUUGUUUUGGCACCAACUCAACCCCCGCCAGUCAGCGUAACAUCCCCACCAGUCGACAUGACCUCACCACCACUCAAUGUGACCUCACCACCUGUCAACAUGACCUCAGCACCAGUCAUUGCAACAUCACCAAGCAUCAAUGCAACAGCAACUCCAGUCAACGUCACCUCACCACCAGUAAACAUGACCACACCAUCAGGCAAUACGAGCUCUCCACCUGUAAAUGGAACCUCCAGACCACCAAGAAUCACCACUAUUGAAGCCCCAGCUACAACAGUAGCAACACCACCCAAGCCCAGAAUUAAAUUGGGAUUUAGGUUGCAGCAAAAUUUUACAGCAGAACUUAGUAACCAGUCCUCACCACAGUUCCAGGCAUUGAAAGGCCAAGUUGCAUCAGCGCUCAACACUGUCUAUUUGGAAAAAUUUGGAGCUGCGUUCAAUCGAACUGAAAUCAGAGGCUUCAGACAGGGAUCCAUUGUGGUAGAAGCUGAGCUGAUAUUCAACAAUGUGACUACACUACCAAAUGCCAGUUCUGUAGUUGAAACGUUGAGGACUGCUGCUUCCAGCUCUAACUUUUCACUUACUGUCAACACAUCAUCUAUUUCGGCAGCCGUUGUUUUGGCACCAACUCAACCCCCACCGGGCAAUGCAACAUCACCACCAGUCAACAUGACUUUAGCACCACUCAAUGUGACCUCACCAUCAGUCAACAUGACCUCAGCACCAGUCAAUGCAACAUCACCACCCAUCAAUGCAACAGCACCUCCAGUCAACUCCACCUCACCGCCAGUAAACAUGACCUCACCACCAGUCAACAUGACCACACCAUCAGGUAAUACAAGCUCUCCACCUGUAAAUGGAACCACCAGACCACCAAGAGUCACCACUAAUGGAGCCCCAGCUACAACAGUUGCAACACCACCAGAGCCCAGAAUUAAGUUGGGAUUUAGGUUGCAGCAAAAUUUUACAGCAGAACUUAGUAACCAAUCCUCACCACAGUUCCAGGCAUUAAAAGGCCAAGUUUCAUCAGUGCUCAACACUGUGUAUUCGGAAAAAUUUGGAGCUGCGUUCAAUCGAACUGAAAUCAGAGGCUUCAGACAGGGAUCCAUUGUGGUAGAAGCUGAGCUGAUAUUCAACAAUGUGACUACACUACCAAAUGCCAGUUCUGUAGUUGAAACGUUGAGGACUGCUGCUUCCAGCUCUAACUUUUCACUUACUGUCAACACAUCAUCUAUUUCGGCAGCCGUUGUUUUGGCACCAACUCAACCCCCACCGGGCAGUGCAACAUCACCACCAGUCAACAUGACCUCACCACCACUCAAUGUGACCUCACCAUCAGUCAACAUGACCUCAGCACCAGUCAAUGCAACAUCACCACCCAUCAAUGCAACAGCACCUCCAGUCAACUCCACCUCACCACCAGUAAACAUGACCUCACCACCAGUCAACAUGACCACACCAUCAGGUAAUACGAGCUCUCCACCUGUAAAUGGAACCUCCAGACCUCCAAGAGUCACCACUAUUGGAGCCCCAGCUACAACAGUUGCAACACCACCAGAGCCCAGAAUCAAGUUGGGAUUUAGGUUGCAGCAAAAUUUUACAGCAGAACUUAGUAACCAAUCCUCACCACAGUUCCAGGCAUUAAAAGGCCAAGUUGCAUCAGUGCUCAACACUGUGUAUUCGGAAAAAUUUGGAGCUGCGUUCAAUCGAACUGAAAUCAGAGGCUUCAGACAGGGAUCCAUUGUGGUAGAAGCUGAGCUGAUAUUCAACAAUGUGACUACACUACCAAAUGCCAGUUCUGUAGUUGAAACGUUGAGGACUGCUGCUUCCAGCUCUAACUUUUCACUCACUGUCAACAUAUCAUCUAUUUCAGCAGCAGUUGUGUUGGCACCAACUCAACCCCCACCGGGCAAUGCAACAUCACCACCAGUCAACACCACUUCACAACCAGUCAAUGCAUCAUCUCCACCUCUCAAUGCAACCUCACCGCCAGUCAACGCAACAUCCCCACUAGUGAACGCCACUUCACCGCAAGUCAACACAACUUCACCACCUGUUAAUGCAACCUCACCAGCAGUGAAUGUAACAUCAGCACAACCAGUUAUCACAACUGGUGCUCCAGCCUCUACAGCUGUCCCCGAAGACUCAAAGAUCACAUUGGGAUUCAGGUUGCAGCAAACCUUUAGACCACAACUCUCAAACCGAUCCUCUCAAGAGUUUAAGGAUUUAGAAAAUAAUGUAACAACACAACUUGAUGGUGUCUUUUCUAAGAGAUUUGGAAACCGUUUCCUUCGAUCUGAGAUCACCUCUUUCAGUCAAGGUUCAGUCGUGGUGAAUUCUCAGCUGAUAUUCAACAAUGCCAGCUCAGUGCCAGAAACAAGUGUUGUGGUAGAUACUCUGGUAGAGGCAGCAACCAAUGGUUCCAUCAGCAUUCCAGUGAAUACAUCAAGUGUUGUUGCAACAAGAACAGCUACAACAACAGUUGCACCUAUAACUGCCCCAACUACAACUCCCACCAUUACAGUCACCUCCACUGCGGCCCCUGGUACAGCCACCUCCACUGCGGCUCCCGUUACAGCCACCUCCACUGCGGCUCCCGUUACAGCCACCUCCACUGCAGCUCCCGUUACAGCCACCUCCACUGCGGCCCCUGGUACAGCCACCUCCACUGCGGCUCCCGUUACAGCCACCUCCACUGCGGCUCCAGUUACAGCCACCUCCACUGCGGCUCCCGUUACAGCCACCUCCACUGCGGCUCCAGUUACAGCCACCUCCACUGCGGCUCCCGUUACAGCCACCUCCACUGCGGCUCCAGUUACAGCCACCUCCACUGCGGCUCCCGUUACAGCCACCUCCACUGCGGCUCCAGUUACAGCCACCUCCACUGCGGCUCCAGUUACAGCCACCUCCACUGCGGCUCCAGUUACAGCCACCUCCACUGCGGCUCCCGUUACAGCCACCUCCACUGCGGCUCCAGUUACAGAAGCCUCCACUGCGGCUCCCGUUACAGCAACCUCCACUGCGGCUCCAGUUACAGAAGCCUCCACUGCGACUCCUGUUACAGCCGGCUCUACGACAGCUUCUCCAGCAUCAACAGAUCCUCCUUCAUCCACUGAGGGAACCCUUAGCCUUGUGUUUAGGCUCAACCAAACAUUCACAUCGGAUCUCGCCGAUCAAUCCUCAGCAGCGUUUAAGACUUUGGCUGCAACAGUGGUCACAGAGGUAAACACUGCGGGAAAUGCAGCUUUUGGAGCAGACUACAGCCGCUGCAUUGUAAACAACUUCACGAGCGGGUCAGUGGUUGUCGACACGACCGCUGUGUUCAGAGAUAAAAACUCAGUUCCUUCAGCUACUAAUGCGACUUCCCUGUUCAGCAGUGAGCUCAGCAAAUCUACUGCCUUGAAUGUUAUACCAGGAAGCGUUUCUGCACAAUCAACAUCGACAUCUGGCAGUGCUCCUUGGCCCACAGUGGGCUCAUUGGCAGUCUUGUCACUAACACUGCUGGUUGCAGCACAGAUGCUGAUGGACAUAUAGGCCCCUAAGUCAGAUACAUUGACUAAGCCAGUUGAAUUGGAAAAGGCAAUGAUCCAAUGAGCCAAGACCAAAUCACAUAACAAGUGUGUAAUUUUAAAUUUACCAAUACACAACCAUGUUGUAAAAGAUGCAUAUUAUGUUUCAGAAAAUCUCAGUACUUUCCACAUAUGAUUUACAGAUCACUUGUGUUUUGAUUCUCUUAGAUUUAAGGAACUAAUCAUUAAGAAUGCAAUAUCAUAUGUUAUACUUUAUGGAGAUUCUUUGUUAGAGCUGCCCUCAUAUGUGUUUGGGAAUACCUCUUUAUAUGCAUUUUUAACAUAAAAAAAACCCGUUUACAUCCACUGCGAAUGAGGGAAGAAGUGUGCAGUUCAUAUCGUGCCAGAAGCUUAGGGUGUAAAGUUGACAUAAUCUUGAUGAUGGAAAGCGAUAAUUCAUAUUAUGUCUGAGACCAACCAUUGAUGUUGGAGUUUUAAAAAACAUAUUUAACGAUGAAGAUGACUUAUACAUAACCCUAACAAUGGAGUUAAGGUGGGUUCCUUUACAUUCAGCGUGUCAGAUUAUUGCAGGAAAAUAUUGCCAUAGAAUAUAAUGCUGGGUGUUGCAUAAUCAUACUCUAUGAAGAAAAUGUGUCAACAUUGAUAUGCUGAUUAUUGGAUGCUAAUCUGAAAUAGCUGAAGUACUAUGAUUUAUUAUUUUUCAUUUAAAUGAUUCAGGUUUUGAAUAGAAUACUGAUUCCUGUAUGUUUCUGAGAAGGGGAAUAAUCAACAUUUGCAUAUUUUGUUCAUAAACAGAAUAUUGAAAUAUCAUUUUAAAAUAUACCUUCUUGUUUUCUUAAAU